AUGAUCACAAGAACCACAAACGAACAGCUUGAGGGCAUUGUCUACACACCCUUUAACAUGUUGCGCGGUAUCUGCACGAUGCACGAUAUCAACGUUCAAGGCGUAGUCGUCCGCGUCAUUGGCGCGUUUCCAUCCAAGGAUUACCCUAACACUUGGGAUCUGUACUUUGUUCUCAUGGACCCCCAAAGCCUUAUCGAGAAGGAGGUGCUCCUUUAUUUGGAGGACCCUGAUGGUAUGUACAUCGUGCAACAGGGUCAUUGGCUCACUUUCACUGAUGUCAAGUACGAAGGGACGUCCGAAACUGAAGGACGCAUCAUCUGUGGUCCUGAAUUGGACCUCGAAUACAUCUCUAAUAGCUCGCGUCGUAAUUCCCCACAGCCUUAG